AUGAAAUUAUUUUUUCUUGGCUUAUUUUUGGCAAUAGCCGUGGCUGAUGCUGGAGUUUUGUUGAAUCCUUGUAAACGCGUAGGAUUAUUUGCAUUCGUCGAUAAUUCACCAGCAUUUUAUGCAUGUGAUCUUAACGAGGACGGCACAUUCGAUAUCAAAUACUUCAAUUGUGAAAGUGGAUACGUUUUUGACCGUUACGAUGGAGUUUGUGUGCCAAAAGUUGCGUAUUUUAGUGAAACUGAAGACAGUUCUGAUGGCGAUGAGGAUGUACAAAGUCCGACAGUACCCACUACUGCUACGACAGAUGGAGACCUCAUCAAACCAACUAUACCCACUAGUGCUCCUACUGGUAGUAUUGACAAUCAGACACCCGCAGAGGAAGAGGAUACAACUACAGCUCCGGCAACAACAGAUGCUCCUGCUACUACUGAAGAGCCGACAACAACGGAUGCCCCUGUAACUACUGAAGAGCCGACAACAACCGACGCUCCAGAAACCACUGAAGAGCCGACUACAACUGAUGCCCCUGUAACUACUGAAGAGCCGACAACAACAGAUGCUCCUGUAACUACUGAAGAGCCGGAAACAACUGAUGCCCCUGUAACUACUGAAGAGCCGACAACAACAGAUGCUCCUGUAACUACUGAAGAGCCGACAACAACCGAUGCUCCAGAAACCACUGAAGAGCCGACAACAACUGAUGCCCCUGUAACUACUGAAGAGCCGACAACAACUGAUGCUCCUGUAACUACUGAAGAGCCAGCAACAACCGAUGCUCCAGAAACCACCGAAGUGACCGUAACCACCGAUGAAACCGCAAGCACGGACGAGCCGGAAUCUACUACACUACCGGCAUUUGAUUGCCCCGAUAUCGGCUUCUAUCCACAGAAUGGCUCUUGUGAGAAAUUCGCUUUAUGCGCCGAAGUUAAUGGCGAAAUUGUCUAUUACCUACAAAGUUGCCCCAAAGGUCAGCAAUUUAACUAUAACAAGAAUUAUUGUGAUGACAAUUUCGAUUGCAAUGCAGACGUCACCAGAACUAAAAAGGUCAUCAAAGAGAAACGCUCUUCGGCAUUCAACCUUUUUCAUUUUCUUAAAUUGUUUUAA